AUGCCAAGAAGUAUUGCUCCAGCCGUGCCAAGCCAUGCUGGCUCCGGUGGACUGGGCGCCAAUGGGGACUCCUCCCCAAGUCCAAUGCCAUAUAGCUGUCAACCCUGUGCAAAGCGCAAGGUGAAAUGCGACAAGACGACGCCAACUUGUCAUAGCUGCCGCAGAGGCAAGCUGGAAUGCAUCUACCAAGCGCCUCAACCACGCCUGCGGAAGAGGAAGCUAAGCAAUAACAUCCACGAGAGACUGGCUCAAUAUGAGCAGAUCCUGCGACAACACGGCUUGCUGCCACGGAAUUCCGAUACAUCUAGUCUUGCCCAGAAUGAAGUGCGGGAGACGAUAUCGAUUCAGUGGAAUGGUCAUGAAGAAACGUCGAGAGCAGGCAAGCUGUUGGCCGGGAAGGGCAAGUCGAGAUAUAUAAGUAGUGAUCUCUGGCGUAGCCUUGGAGAUGACGCGAUGCAGCGGAUGUUUGACGACGAGGAAGAAGAUCAAGAAGAGCCGGAAAAGGAUGAUGUGGCAUUUGCGGCCGUCGCCGGCGGCCUCUAUUCGGAUCCCUUGACCGGAGCAUUCAUGGGUGCUGAACAGAAUCUACUCGGGUUUCAUCCCAGCAGGGAUGAAGCGAUGUUUCUAUGGCAAACCCAUGCCGAGAAUGUAGAGCCGCUCUGUAAAGUUCUACACAUCCCAUCAGUCACCGAAAUGGUUAGCGGAGCUUCUCGACAGCCCGAAACGGUGUCAAGAGCAGACGAGUGCCUGCUGUUUGCCAUAUAUCACUUUGCUGUCUACUCGACGACGGAAGAUGAUUGCUCAAAAGCGCUGGGGCAAUCCCGGGCUACUUUGCUGAGGCGCUUCCGGUUCGCCACUCGCCAAGCUCUUGUCAAUGUGUCUUUUCUCAAGACGACCAACAUGACGGUCCUGCAAGCCCUGGUCCUCUUUCUCUUGUCUUCCCGCCAUUCGUGCGAUGCACACACGUACUGGAUCUUGACCGGAGUGGCAGUUCGCAUUGGGCAACGCCUAGGUCUUCACCGCGAUGGAGAACUGCUGGGCUUGCCUCCUUUUGAGGUGCAAAUGAGACGCAGACUGUUUUACCAAAUUCUGCCGAUCGACGGCUUUGCCGGCCAGAUGUCAGGCACAGGCAUUUCUGCUGUGCCCGACGACUGGGAUACUAAAAAACCACUGAACGUCAAUGACCACCAGAUCUGGCCUGGAAUGACCGAACAACCGGAAUCACAGAAAGGGGCCACUGACAUGAUAUUCUGCUUGGCGCGCUCCACUGUCGGAAACUCCUUUGGCAAGGCCAAAAGGUCGAUGAAACGGCCUGGUACCGAUCCGUCGACGGGGUUCAAGGAAGCUGAGCUUGUGAUCGACGCCGCCGAGGCCGACGUCGAGGAAAUGUUUAUCCGCUAUUGUGAUAUCAUCAACCCGUUGCAUUUUCUGACGGUCGGCUCCGCUCGGGCGGGAAUUAUUGCCAUGCGCAUUCAGAUCCGGCUUCCUAAGAUCAAGGAUCGCACUGCUACAGAUGCAGAAAGGAGAGAAGUGUUCCAUCUGGCACUGAAGAUCAUGGAUACAGACACCGCAGCCUAUGCCCAUGAAAGCCUGAGGAGAUACAUGUGGCACAUUAAGCCGUUUUUCUUAUGGGGCUCGUGGGACUCCUUGAUUCUGAUCUUGACCAGUCUAUGCCGACCUGGUCUACUGUCGACUGCGGAAACAGAUGCCGCUUGGAAACGAAUGGAGGAGGUCUACAACAACCACGACCUACUGAACUUAAAGCGAGCACUUCACAUAGCAUUUGGACGCCUAGCCCUGAGGGCAUGGGCCGCCAAUCCGCCGACUAGGAGUCUGCCAGAGCCCAACUUCAUCAUAAGCUUGUGUUCCUUGCUGAAGGUGAAUCUGGCCGGCCGCAGUGGAGUGGAUAACACAAAUUUAGUCGAUGUCAGCGCCAAGAUGGAUACCAUGAUACCAGUCUGUCCAGUUACUUCUGGCGAAACAGAUCCGUUGUUUGUCAGCCUUUCCAAUGACUUCGGGGAUGGAUUCGAGCACGACUUCAAUCUAGAUUCUACAGACUGGAUGUUUUGGGAUCAGUUGAUCCGAGAAGAUCAGGCACAGGGUGAUCAGCAUCAGCCUGGGAUUUCAUAG